AUGUCGAUACCGGAUAAAUCGCUACUACAAACAGUGGACGAACUAAGUCAAUUACGUGCACAUGUCUCUCAAUGUCAAGCUACUUUAAAAUUAGUGCUAUCUACAGCACCUACAAUGGAACGAUAUAAGAGUUUAUCACACUUUGUAAUGAGCAAUGAAACACAGAGCGGUUCUCCUCUCUAUCAAAAUGAAAUGAAAAUGACUAUUGAUAAAUUAAAAGAGCUUGUAAAUGAUUCACCUCAGAUCAAAGUCGCUGUUCGUAUGAAACAAUUGUAUGAUCGCAGAAGACUACCUCUUAUUCACAAAUUUUGUGAGAUUAACUUCAAAACUGCCACGGGAUUACUGGAUGGAGGUUUGGCUGAUUUCUUGGAGUUUGUUCCAGAAAAUAGUGUUGGCAAUAGUCGAAAAAAAAUGAAGGAAGAAGAGGGGAGUAACAGUGGUUUUGUUGAUGCGGAUAUUUAUUCAUAUCCUCCAGCAUUACCCAAGAUUAACAACCAGAAACUUCUCAUUAGAAUCACAACGGAUAAAUCAUAUCGACAGCUUUCAGAUUUUGUUGAACUGAGUAUCCUGAAACUUAGCAAUAGUCAUAAUGGGAAAUUAUCAAUUCGAGGUAGAGCUAUAUUAGAAUGGCUACUUUUCGAAAUCUUGGAUGAAAAACUACCCCAUGUGUAUGAAGAAGAUCUUACUGUUAUUAGAAGUAGACUAAUGUCUAGGGAAAUGCUCGCGAAAUUUUCCUUUGGGUAUGGGUUAGUAGAUGCAAUAAAGUAUAACUUAUCAAACGAAGCGGAUACUGAAGAGAAAAUGGAUGUGAUUGGGAAAAUCUUUCUUUCAUACAUUGCUGGUUUGGAAAUGGAAGAAAAGGAUAUUAAUUUAAUCAAAAGGUGGUUAGGUAGAUUAUAUGAGCCAAUGAUUAACCGUUUAUCAAGUUCAAAUGGUUACUACGGUAAUAGUAACCCAGAGACAAAAAUUGGUAUGGUUGAAUUAAAAGCGCUAUUUCAACUGGUUACUAAUAUCAAUAAGCUCCCAUAUAAGGAUAUAAACUUCAAAAUCAUCCAACUGAAAACCGAUCCUUUUGUUGCUGAAAUUUUGGUGAAUGAUCAGGUAUUGGGACUUGGAUCAUCAGUGACGAGUUUUGAAGAGGCUCAAGAUAGAGCAGCAAUGGAUAUUAUCAAUGAUAAAACGAAGAUUGUUAAAGUGUUUACUAUAAUGAAAGAGAAUUAUCUUGCUAAUCAGAAACCAAAGAACAUUACAGUAUCAGAUACUGGCCUGGUACCAUGUACCAAAAUUGAAGGUGCAAAUUUGUCGAGUUCUAUUCCAUCGCCAUUAAUGGCACCAAAUGGUCUCCGAUCAUCAUCAUCAUCAUCGAGAGCCUCUCCAAUUGCAAUGAGGUUGGAUUUAGAAGAAUACUCACCACCCGGAUCAGCACCAGCACUACCAGCACCACCAGCAUCUAGUUUGCGUCAUCAACCAUCCUCACCAUCGCCGUCCCCAUCACCGCCACCAUCUCCACUCCUACAGCCAACACAGGAAUCAUCAACAGCACCGCCGCCGCCCGCAACAGUAACUUCAACUCGCAAUCAGUUUUCUCAGCAACUGUUUCCAUUAAAUCGAUCUUAUGAUCAAUUCUCAACAACAACAACAACAACUUCUCAACCUGGUCGUUAUGAUCAAUAUAUGCAUUCGUCAUCAGGCCGAUAUGAUCGAUAUCAACCACAAAAAUACAAUCCUAUAUCAAAUACGCGCUUGUCAACAACAACGGCAACAAUACCUAUCAGCACCACCACUAAGAGCACUUCCUCUAACUCGACCAUUAACUCCUCCCCGGCACACACAACGUCCCUUUUGUACCGAAAAUACCCUAACACAGUUUCCGAGCCGCAGCUGAACGAGUAUUCGUCAUUAAAUCUCGAUCCUAGUAUUCCUGUAAUUCCAUUAUCUCAUAGAGAUGUAGAUAUGAAGGCUAAGAAUAACCUUUAUGCAAAAUUAGGGCCAAUGCAAUUAAAAGCUGAUUAUGAACAAUUCCGCAUUGGGCUGGAGUUUCAUACUUGUUGUAGCGUAGAAGGUGUUAAAUUAGGAUAUGGAAUUGAUACUACGAAACAGAGAAGUUCUCAAAAAGCAGCAAUGGCUGCUUUAAUGAAUAGAAAUGCAUUGAUUGGCUUUGGAAUUAACUUUUAG